AUCCGCCAGCUUUCUGGAGCAGAAGCAGCUCUUCGAGCUGGGCAGAGGAUCGAAAUACUAAUCUGGAAGAGGCCACCGCUCCGGGACCCCGUCCCCGAAAGGGCUUCAGCGCCGGAGCGGCAGAGCAACGCGCUGAUCUGAUCUCCUCCGGCGACCUAAGGAUGCUGGCCUCGCGAACUCCCGGCAUCCCUCUCAGCCAAUCAGAAUCGCCCGGGAUUCCCUCGGCCGGGCGAGGCGGAUGCUGCGCCCACGCUCAGCCAGGCAUUGGGUUCCGGCGAGCGGCUUUGCAGAUGGCUGGGCGCACAAGGCGCGGGUGGCGGUGACCUUGCUGUCGGGAGGUGGGGGGGGGGCGGUUUGCUGGCUCUUGAGGGGAGACGGGCGCCAUGGGCAACAUCCCGCCGGCGCUGAAGCACUGCCUCAGCUACCCCCACCUCCUCAAGGAGCAGCUGGGGAUCGGCGAAGUCGCCCAGCAGUCGACUGUUCUGCAACAGCCUGGGAAUUGCUUACAAGUGGAUUUCCUGAGUUUGUUAAAAUAGUGGAAGUUGGUCCAAGAGAUGGAUUACAGAAUGAAAAGGCUAUACUUCCUACAGAUGUGAAAAUUGAGCUCAUCAAUCAACUUUCCAAAACUGGCUUGUCUGUCAUAGAAGUGACAAGUUUUGUUUCUUCAAAAUGGGUACCUCAGAUGGCAGAUCACACAGACGUAAUGAAAGGAAUAAAACGAUAUCCUGGAGUCCAUUAUCCAGUCCUUACUCCUAAUCUUCAUGGUUUCCAUUCUGCUAUAGCUGCUGGAGCAACUGAAGUGUCGGUGUUUGGUGCAGCAUCCGAGACUUUCAGUAAAAUAAAUAUCAAUUGUACUAUAGAAGAAAGCCUGGACAGAUUUGAGGCCGUAGUUAAAUCUGCAAGAAAUAUGGACAUUCCAGUGCGAGGGUAUGUGUCUUGUGCAUUGGGAUGCCCUUAUGAAGGACAUAUUCCUCCAGCUAAGGUUGCUGAAGUCUCAAAAAGGCUAUAUAGUAUGGGAUGCUAUGAGGUCUCUUUGGGAGAUACCAUUGGAGUGGGAACUCCUGGCAGUAUGAAAAGAAUGCUGGAAUCUGUUAUGAUGGAAGUUCCAUUGUCCGCUGUGGCAGUGCAUUGCCAUGACACCUACGGCCAGGCCUUAGCCAAUAUUCUUACAGCUAUGCAGGAGAACAUAAAACUGGAACCCAGAUCUCCAAGAAGGAAGCAGCACUUAAAGAUGGGAGUUCAUGUUGUGGAUUCCUCUGUUUCGGGCUUAGGAGGCUGCCCGUACGCGAAAGGGGCCACUGGAAAUGUGGCCACAGAAGAUGUGAUAUACAUGCUUAAUGGCAUGGGGAUCAAUACAGGUGUGGAUCUUUACCAAGUUAUGGAAGCUGGCAACUUCAUCUGUGGAGCUUUGAACAAGAAAACCAGUUCUAAAGUUGCUCAAGCUUCCUUCAGUGCUUGAGCUGGAAAAGAAAUGGUGGCAUUCUUAAAAAGUUAAAUAUUUAUCCAUCAGUGGGCUUUUCCUGUUUAUAGUUGCAGAAAACAAACAUAUUGUAAAAAAAAAAUUUUUAAAUCAUC